AGCUCCAUGCAAACAAUCCUAAUGGCGGAAAAGACCAUUGUGGUGGCACUGUUCCUCGCCGCCCUUAUUGUGGUCCCAACAGCAACUGCGGAUAACAUCGAGACAAAAGGCAUAUGCUCCAAGAACCCUGCUACAAAGGUUGGAUUAUGGGGAGGAAACGAAGGGAUUGUAAAGGACAUCUCGGAGGCACCGAAGCGUCUGGAAAGCAUCACCAUUAUCAGCAAUUAUUCCAUAGACUCAAUGGAAUUUUCUUACAUUGACCAGACUGGCCAGAAACGCAGUGCAGGUCGAUGGGGAGGUCCUGGUGGUACUGCUCACAAGCUUGAUCUCGGCCCCACUGAGAUUGUCAAGGAAGUUUCAGGAACAUACAACAUGUUCGAGGGUGAAAUUUGCUUAACCUCAUUCAAGCUUGUCACCAACGCCCGGACCUGGGGACCAUGGGCAGAGGAGAAGGGAACACGUUUCAGCAUCACCGCGCCAACUGGGACCAGUAUCGUGGGCUUCUUCGCACGUGGAGGAACUAAAUACCUUGCUGCGAUUGGCGUUUACUUCAACAAACUCUGAAGAACAGCUAUUUGGUUGAUGAUCAUAUCGUUUUUAUCUACUUUUUGUGUUGGGCAGAACAAAGGAGAUGCGGAUUCACUCCCAUGUUGACAAUGCCCUAUUAAAUUUAUUUUCUAUCAUCUUUGUUGUUUUGUCAC